GUCUAAAUAAGAAGAAGAGGUUUGUUGGAGUGGGUCUCAAGAAAAAAAACUGCUCAGCAGCAGCAGCAGAGCCGUAACGUGUUCAGACAAGCCAGGGGCCCCUCAAGCCUUACUUAUUUUAUAAAAGUUAAUUGUUUUAUACACGUUAGCUCCACCCGGGUUUCAGUCGGAAACGUACUUGUCACAUCGGUGCGGCUUAUUAGCUAAAACAAAGCGGACCCUCAUCACAGCUUUAGCUCGUCCUCGCCUCACUGACCGUUUUUAUUUCCUUGAAAGAGGACACUUUUGGGGCGCAAAUGUUACUCUGAACCCACAGAAACGUCAAUAACUUGUCAGCUAAAGAUGGAUCUGCGGUUACUUUUAAUAGCGACAUUAUCGGCGUCGCUCAGUGGCAGCUGGGCACAGCAAGAGGGAAGCAUAUGCAUCAAGGCAAACGCACAGUCAUGUGGGGAAUGCAUCCAGGUCUCCGAGACAUGCGGAUGGUGCUCAGAUGAAAAAUUCCUCACUGUAGGCCAGUCUAAAUCGGCCCGCUGUGAUGAUCUUGAGUCCCUGAAGAAGAGAAAUUGUAAGCCGGAAAACAUUGAGAACCCGCGUGGAAACACCGUUAUCAACACCAACAAGCCGGUCACGAUUCGCAACAGUAAUGCUGAGAAGCUGAAGCCUGAACAAAUCACCCAGAUACAGCCUCAGAAACUCACCCUGACACUUAGAUCUGGUGAGCCGCAGACUUUUGACCUGACAUUCAAGCGUGCUGAGGACUACCCCAUUGACCUGUAUUACCUUAUGGACCUCUCCUUCUCUAUGAAGGAUGAUUUGGAAAAUGUCAAGAACCUUGGCACUGAUCUCAUGAGAGAAAUGCAGGAAAUCACCUCCGACUUCAGGAUUGGUUUUGGCUCCUUUGUGGAGAAAACAGUCAUGCCUUACAUCAGCACCACACCAGCCAGGCUCAUCAACCCCUGCACAGGGAACCAGAACUGUACCAGCCCCUUCAGCUAUAAGAACGUCCUGAAGCUGACAAACAAGGGAGACGAAUUCAAUCGCUUGGUCAGUCAGCAGCAGAUCUCUGGAAACCUGGACUCUCCAGAGGGUGGUUUUGAUGCCAUCAUGCAGGUGGCGGUUUGUGAGGAGCAAAUCGGCUGGAGGAACGUCACCCGUCUGCUCGUGUUUUCCACUGAUGCUGGUUUCCACUUCGCUGGAGACGGCAAACUGGGCGGCAUUGUCCUGCCCAACGAUGGGAAGUGCCAUCUGGAGAACAACAUGUACACCAUGAGCCACUACUAUGACUACCCAUCCAUCGCUCAUCUCGUCCAGAAAUUGAGCGACCACAACAUCCAGACCAUCUUUGCUGUGACUGAGGAGUUCCAGCCAGUUUACAAGGAGUUAAAAAAUCUGAUUCCUAAAUCAGCUGUUGGCACCCUGUCCUCCAACUCCAGCAAUGUGAUCAAGCUCAUUAUUGAUGCAUACAAUUCUUUGUCAUCUGAGGUCAUUCUGGAAAACGGUAGACUGCCGGAGGGAGUUUCCAUCACCUACAAGUCCAUCUGCAAGAACGGCGUGGAGGGAACAGGGGAGAAUGGCCGGAAAUGUUCCAACAUCUCCAUCGGAGACGAGGUGACUUUCAAGAUUUCCAUCGAAUCCCAGAAGUGUCCGUCAGAUAACAAGUCUGAGACCAUCACAAUCAAACCGCUGGGCUUCACUGAGGAGGUGGAAGUUGUUCUGAAUUUCAUCUGCGACUGUCAGUGCGCCAAAUCUGGGGAGCUCAACAGCAUGAAGUGCAGCGAUGGCCACGGGACCUUCGAGUGUGGAGCCUGCAAGUGUAAUGACGGACGUAUCGGAGGACUUUGUGAGUGCAGCAAAGAUGAAGUCCGAACUGAGGACCUGGACGCCAACUGCCGAAAAGACAACGGUACUGAUAUCUGUAGCAACAACGGCGACUGUGUCUGCGGUACAUGUGAAUGCAAGAAGCGUGAGAAUCCUGCUGAGGUUUACAGUGGACAGUAUUGCGAGUGCGACAACUUCAACUGUGACCGCUCCAACAACAAGCUCUGUGGAGGACAUGGACGCUGCGUAUGCAGGAAGUGCGUCUGUGAUGCCAACUACACCGGCAGUGCCUGCGACUGUUCCAUGGACAGCUCUACCUGCCUUGCAAAGAACGGGCAGAUCUGUAACGGCCGUGGUAUUUGUGAAUGUGGAAUCUGCAAAUGCACCAGUGCCAAAUUCCAGGGUCCAACCUGUGAGAUCUGUCCCACCUGCCCUGGUGUUUGCCCCGAACACAAAGAUUGUGUGCAGUGCAGAGCUUUCCAGGAGGGUGAGAAGAAGGAUACGUGUGAGCGGGAUUGCAGCUACUUCGAGCUGAUAAAGGUGAACGACCGCGUCAAGCUGCCGCAGCCAACAGACCAAAACUUCCCUCUGACCCACUGCAAGGAGCGAGACGCCAACGACUGCUGGUUUUACUACACCUACGCCAUCAGGAACAGAACUAAGGAGGUCUAUGUGGUGGAGUCACUGGAGUGUCCGGCAGGACCUGACAUCAUCCCCAUUGUGGCAGGUGUGGUUGCAGGCAUCGUGCUGAUCGGCCUCGCUCUGCUCCUUAUCUGGAAACUGCUCAUGAUCAUCCAUGACCGCAGAGAGUUCGCCAAGUUCGAGAAGGAGAAGAUGAACGCCAAGUGGGACGCGAGCGAGAAUCCCAUCUACAAAAGUGCCGUAACAACCGUCAUCAAUCCAAAGUACGAGGGCAAAUGAUGGAGCUCUGCCUUCCUUGUGACAACACUGUAUGGAAAAGAAAGCGGGCUGGGAUGCGGGGAGGGGCGGGUUUUGAUAAUGCUCACUGUUUGUUUCUCGUUGUUGUUGUAGUCACCAAAUGAUAGCGAUGCAUUUUGCCACUCUCAGUUUGUUUUACUAACUUGUUUUUAUUUCCUAUGCAUCAUCUGAAAUGUGUACAGUCUGUAUAAAUGUGGGGUUUUAUGUUUGUUGUUUGUGUUUUUUGAACUCGGAAGAAUGUGUUUUGUAGUUUUUCCACGACAGGACUGGCAACAUAAUGGAGAGCCUCGCUGUGCCUUUUUGUUGUUGUUGUUGUUUUUAUAGAAGCCAUCAGUGUUUUGUCGAGGGUUGGAUUGGAUGUUGAAAAUUGGCAACAAAUGAAGGGUGUCUUUCCAAAUUACGACAUGUACAGUGUUGAGUCAGAGGUGAUCAGUUGGUCAGUGUUUGGAAAAAAAAAAAAAAAAAGGCGAGCAAUGGUCUUAACAUUGAUUUGCCGUCUGAGCAAAUGUCUUACCGUUUCUGUAAUCGUUUUGACGGAGCAGGUACCGGAUCUCUUUGGAUCGAACUCUUCAAGUGUAGCGCCAGCUGGUCGACGGCGGCCACCAUGAAAUGUGUACAGUACGUUACGGGUUCUGUGUAAAGCCAUACAUGUAUUCACAGAACAGGGUUGAAGGCGAUAGGAUGUUUGUUUUUUGAGUGACUUAAUCCAUCUGAACAAUCAUUUGAAAUUGUAUCUUUGUCUAGAAAAUCUAUUUUCUAGGGCUGCCUUUGUAAAUGGAAGGGCGUUAGUGUACAGUAGUAUUACUGUUCGGCUCCGGGUUUUACUUGCUUAAUUUAAAGCCAACUCAGGUCCUUAAUUCCUCUCAGCAAUGCCAAAUACACACAACUCUGCCUUUUUGCUAUCUAAAUUAGCUUAUAUUGAAUGCCUUGUUUUAUUUGUACGAUAUGAAUUGGGAAAGGACACCAGUUUUUUUUAUAUAUAUAUAUCAGAAAUUCCAACCAACUCCUUUGUGGUGCUCGAUCAAACAAUUUUUAUUAAAAAGACGUAGAAAUGGUGAUCAUGUCAUUUAGUCUUAA